AUGCAUCUGGACCAUAAAAUUCCCUGGAACACAGCCGCCUGUCACUUCAAAUACAUUGAAUCCAACCCCCAUAUCACACCGCAUACCACGGAUCUCUUUGCCCGAGACCUUCCCUCCCAAUCCAAUGACUUGAACCACUUUCGUCGCGUUCUUAUCGCGACGAUCCGCGAAUUUGCCCUUACCCAAGAAAGAAAAGCCCCGGAUGUAGCGGGAAUACCUGACUCGGUUCCUCUCUUUUCGGAGACCCUCCUGUCCUAUCCGGAGAGCAAAUAUGGCCUAGGCCCACACGAGACGAACUCUGCCCUUAACAAUCCUCUCUCAGACCAACACCGAAGGAUCGAGUAUUGGAUUCAUUAUGCCGCUGACCCGAACGAUCCAAACCAUUUCGGCUAUGGAACCGGCGACGCGGACUUGGCCGAUGCCGUGAAGAUGUUGAUCAUCACUGUCGCCGAAGGCGAGCCGGUCGCAUCGCGAGAAGCUCAAGAAGCACUUCUCCGACUAAUACGGCAUCCUCGAGUUCCGCUGGGGGACUUAUGGAGUCUUCAUUGGGGCCAUUCAUUCGGGGUCGAUCACGUGGCGUAUAGAGCCCUAGAGAUGUAUAUCUCCCUAAACAUCUUCGCAGCGGUGUUCGAGAAGAAACGACCGAGUACCAGGGAAAGCCCUCUUUUCGCAAGCAAGACCUUCCAAAGGUAUCUCAACGAUGCCGUGUCCAAUUAUGACUACCCGGCGCAAAACAUCCCGCACCGUGCAUUCUGGAAAUCAAUGGGAGUUCCGAUUGAUGGAGACGUUGGAGGAGAUGAUGACUCCAGGACAGAUCCAUUAAAUCCUCAUUCCACAGAUGACACAAGGUCCAAACUCAAAGCAUAUCUUAAGUUGUGUUUCGCUAUUCUAUAUUUCUUUGAUAUCUAUCGUCGGGAGCUGCUCGGUGAUGAUGCCGCUGUUGACAAGGAGUGGAGUUACAUGAUCACUGGCACUAUGAUGUGGUGGGGAUGUGAUUACGAUUGGGAAAGUAUGGAAUUCGUGCAGAAGGAAAAAACAGCUAAUUAA